AGCCCUGGCUCGAAUCAGUCGAAAGGUUCACACGCAUGGCGCCCAUAGCAGUUUUCCUGGCUGUGUUCAGUCCAGUCUUUGCUGCUGCAUGCUCCAGGCCAGAUGACGUCCACCUGUUGCAGGUGUCGGCCAAGCGCGUACAGCUUGGAAAUCAAGAUGAGAUGCCAUCAUUGAAGCGCAGCAGUUGCAACACUUGCAGUCUUCCAAAGACUGCUUUGGAGGAACAUGUUGGCUUCAAUGACUCAUGGCAGUACUUCAACCAUCCUGAUCCGCCUGUCGAGUGGUUUCAAAACCUGGACAAGUUGCUUGACCUUUCCUUGGGCCACAUCUCCAAUCGUAUCAGAGUGGGCGAGGAGUAUAACGUGAGCUAUAUGGUACUUUCCAUGACUGGCAACACGCAAGAUAUGCACAUCACCCGUAUGGGAGGUCCUUCCGAGCAUGCUGCCAUUGAGAAAAUCCAGACGUGGAAUCAAAAGAUGUACGAGGCUGUAAAACCAUACCCAAAGCGUCUUAACUUUUGGUGUGUCCUGCCCAUGUUUUGCCCAUCUGCGGCAACCAAGCAGUUGGAGGAGUGCAUGGAUCGUGGAUCCCCAGGCGCCUUAAUCAAUGGCUUCGGCACUGAUGGUGAUGGUCCUGAUGUGAAACCUAACUUCUACGACACGGAUGGCACAAAUGGCACCCUGAACUACACCUUUUUUUGGAAAACAGUGGAAGAGAGGAAUGCCGUCAUCUACCUGCAUCCAAGGGCAGAUCAGCCUAGACCUCUCUAUGAGAAGUUUCCAGAGUUGCAGGGGUCUCCGUGGGGAUUCUCCUUGGAAACCGCAGAGCAUAUACUGCGGCUCAUGCUGGAAGGAUUCUUUGACAAGUUCCCUCGCUUGAGGAUCAUCAUUGGCCAUGACGCGGAGCUGUUAGCAUUCUGGGCUUGGCGAAUUGACCAUCGCCUGGAGAUGCAAGGCUGGAAGAGGAAUGUAGUUCCAACAACUGUCACUUUUAACCACUCGGAUGAGAACGGCCGCUUCAAGCGCAAUCUAACCAUCGAAGGCUACUUGCGCAGAAACAUUUGGGCCACUACCAGCGGGAUGUUUGACACGCCCUCUUUCCAGCAUCUCGUGGCAGUGAUGGGCAGUGACAGAGUCUUGUUCUCCAUGGAUACUGCCUACGAACAGCUUGAGGAGGCGGCUCUAUGGUUUGACCAUGCCACGCAGGGCAUGAGCCCCGGUGCGGUGGCAGAUAUGGCUUCUGGCAAUGCCCAGAAUCUAUUGAUGACCUGAUGUGCCCUGGCAAUCCAUAGCACGUUCCCCUGAAGCAAUGGCUUAGGAUGGGGCGGCGGAGCUGAUUGCUGGUGCUUGAAACAGCGGGCCGAGCUGCAAAAGUCAGACUAAGAGCCUGGUGUUUUCACUUCGGAGGGUUCCUUGGGGUCUGGGUGUCCCAAAAAGGGGACAUCUUGGAAGGCAUAGCCCAUAAAUGGAA